AUGCGGAGAGCCAUGGCUUCGAACCUCUGCCCGCCGUCCCCGCUGCUCGUGCGGGUGUCGCAUCCCGGCACCCGCCUACCAUGGAAGCUGGAAAAGUACUUCCAGAGCCGGGAGUCGGGCGGCGGGGAGUGCACCGUGCAUGCCCAGGACCGCAACGACCCCAACUCGGACACCUUCCGGGUGCAGUUCGUGCAUAGGGCGAGUAAGGAGCGAGUGUUGAAGAAAGGAAAGCACCAAAUCGUGGUUGACAACAAACCUGUGACUAUUUUCCUGGAACCCAAUGAAAAUGCAGUAGAGAACACCAGGAUGUCUUCUUUGACACAGUCACGAAAAGGGGCAAGCCCUGGUGAGAAGCAUUCAAAUGAAAAGGACAUUUCUAGCGCUGUGGAUUCCUGUGUCCAGAAGAUCUUUCUUACUGUCACAGCUGAACUGAACUGUCACCUGUUCUCUAAAGAGCAGAGGGAACACAUCGCCAUUCUCUGCCCCAGUGUCGAGCGAGUGAAGGGCCAUGAAGGAAUUGAGAAAGUGCGUGGUGACUUCAGAGAUAUUGAAAAAAUACAUGGCUUCUUGAGUGAACAACUCCUGGAAAAGGAGCAGAAACGAGAAUCUUCCCCUUUGACAACAGAGAGGGGGCCACUCCAUCAGCAGGACGGGAACAGCUGUGUUUCUCCCUCUGCACCAAACACCAGGUCGGAAGAAAAAAGCAACUGUUUUGAAGUUCCCUUGGCUUUCUUUGAAUACUUCACAUACACCUGCCCUGAUAAAAUAUACUCAAUAGAGAAAAGAUUUGGUACAAAAAUAAAAACUCAGAAGAGUUCUCCGAAUAUGGUCUAUUUAGACUUCACCUCAAGUCAAUCAGGUAACCUCGAAGCAGCUUGCGAGUCUUUUGUCAGAGAAUUUCAGAAGAGUGGAGACUCUGUGAUACAGGAAUGUGUUACUCUGGCAGACAGUAAGCAGGCACACAAAAUCAAACAGGAAUUAAAUCACCAGUUUACAAAGCUCCUCAUAAAGGAGGAAGGAGAAGAAUUAACUCUCCUUGGGACCGCAUGUGACAUUUCAGCUGCCAAACAUUUUCUUGCCUCAGAAAUCUCUGAAAGUCUUGUCAAGGCACCUGUGAAAAUAUUGACCCCCAAGCACACGAUGAAUGGAAUUGAGGUUGACACUGCUCACUAUAAGCUUUUAGAAGCAGAGUUACUCCAGGAGAUAUCACAGAUAGAAAAGGAGUACGACACUCAAAGUAAGGUUUUGGGAACAAGUCAGAAAACCUGCGUUCUAUUUGAACCUAAAACCAAGGAGUUAGAUCUAUCUGUGCAUGCUUAUUCAAGUUUCAUUGAUGCCUAUCAACAUGUCUCAGGUCAGAUUAUGAGAGAGGUUCUUUUGCUGAAACUUUUGGGCAAGGAGAGAAAGCACUUACAUGGGACCAAGUUCUCUGAUGACUUUCGAAAAAGGCAUCCAGAUAUAGACUUUGUGCUAAAUCAAGAGUCAAUGACUUUGAUUGGGUUGCCAAAUCACCUUACGAAGGCAAAACAGUAUGUCUUAAACAGAGCGGGAAUGUCUCCAUUAGCUAGAGAGAAAUGGAAUGAAACACCCACAGACACUGAUAGUAAUGGUUCAAAAACAGCUUCACCAACAUUGCAGCGCUCUACCAGUUCUGAGGUGUCAGGAGUGGACAAGGAAAAGGACAUAUGUACCAUCUGUUUGAACACCAUUAGUAACAGACAAGUGCUCCCAAAGUGCAAGCAUGAUUUCUGCAGCCCUUGUAUCAACAAAGCCUUGUCAUAUAAGCCAGUCUGUCCUUUGUGCCAGACUUCCUAUGGUGUCCAGAAAGGGAAUCAGCCAGACGGAAACAUGCAUGUCAUUUUCAAAAGAGACUCACUUCCAGGUUAUGAAUCCUGUGGCACCAUUGCGAUUACUUACAGUAUUGAAGGAGGCAUACAAACAGAAGAGCACCCAAACCCAGGAAAGAGAUUUUCUGGAAUAUGUCGAACUGCAUACUUGCCUGAUAACAAGGAAGGAAAUGAGGUUUUGCAUCUGCUUCGUAAGGCCUUUGACCAAAAACUGAUUUUCACAGUGGGAGACUCUCGAGUAUUAGGAGUCUCAGAUGUCAUUACGUGGAAUGAUAUCCACCACAAAACGUCCAGGUUUGGGGGACCAGAAAGGUAUGGCUACCCUGAUCCUGGCUAUCUGAAACGCGUCAAACAGGAGCUGAAAGAUAAAGGAAUUGAGUAA